AUGAGUAGCCCCAGGAGUACCAACACGCUAGGGGUGUCACUCUUGAAUGUUUACAAAAGCAACAGAAGCUUAUUUCUUAAUGCUUCUUAUAUCAUCUUGAUCACCACAGCGUUCUCAGGAGCCACUGGAACUUCCCAGUCAAGCGACAAAAAGCCCAAGGAUGUGGAGAGUUCCACCGAAUUACCCAAGAAACGUAAAAAGCUUUCGAAAGAGUCUACCAAACGGAUAUUUGACGCAGCUAUUCCUCAUUAUACCAACGCUGCUGUGGGAUUCUUGAUUUCCCAUAUAAUAUUAUUGGUAAUCAGAGCCUUUUUGACCAUCAAGGUAGCCAGCUUAGAUGGUAAACUAGUGGGUGCUUUGGUGUCCAAGAAGUUGAAGAAAUUUGGUCAGCUUUUGGCGUUUUGGAUGUUCUUGGGGAUCCCAGCCUCUAUUGUUAACGCUAUGUUGAACUGGACAAAGAGUAACUUGAGAAAAAAUUUAAGAAUCAACAUGACCAAUAGCAUUGUUGAAGACUACUUACCGGAUAACUUGGAUGCAAACUACUAUUCGUUGAUCCAGUUGAACGAUAGUAAAAUCAAGGAUCCCGACCAGAGGACUUCCACUGAUAUCAACAGAUUGGCAAGUGCCUUGUCAUCCUUACCAGGACAGUUGUUGAAGCCCACCUUGGACUUGUUGUUAUGCGCUAAAGAAUUAUCCAAGAGUGGUGUGGGAAGUGGAGAAGGAACCUUAGCCUUGGGGUUAAUUGCUCAUUUCUCUACGAUUAUUUUGAGAUUCUUUUCACCUCCUUUCGCCAAGUUGGCAUCCGAAAGAGCCAACUUGGAGGGUCAAUUAAGAUCUGCCCAUUCCAAGGUGGUGACCAACAGUGAAGAAAUCGCUUUCUUGAGGGGUCAUAAUCGUGAGUUGGAUUACCUUGAUUACUGUUACUACCAGUUGGAAAGGUUCCUCAAAAUGGAACAAUGGAAGAAAGCCAUUCACGAAAUCGCCCAAACUUUUAUCGUCAAAUACUUCUGGGGUGCUGCUGGUUUGGUGUUAUGUUCAGCCCCUGUAUUCAUCAACAAGUAUUUGGGAAAAGAACCCGACCUUUCGGCUUCGGGUGAUUUCAUUACCAACAGAAGAUUGUUGAUGAGUGCGUCUGAUUCCUUGGACAGAUUGAUUUAUGCCAGAAGAUACAUAUUACAAGUGGUAGGACAUGCCUCAAGAGUCAGUGAGUUCCAGGAUGCAUUACAUCAAAUUAAACAAGACAAAAUAGCUGAGAGGAAAAAUGAAAAGAGCGACAAUGUUAGGUACGGGGAUGAGAUCACCUUUGAGAAUGUAAGAUUGGUGACGCCUGCUGAUGUGACGUUGAUUGAAAAAUUGGAUUUUAGCAUUAAACACGGCCAACACUUGUUAAUUGCUGGACCCAAUGGUUCUGGAAAAUCUUCGUUGUUCAGAAUGUUGGGAGGAUUAUGGCCAUGCAAAGAGGGUCAGAUCACGAUUCCCGAGACUGAGAAUAUGUUUUACUUGCCUCAAAGAGCCUAUUUGUGCAGAGGUAACUUGAGAGAACAGGUGAUUUAUCCUCACACAUUUGAGCAAUAUAAGAAAAAUAAGCAUGGCAAAACCGACAAGGAGUUGUAUGAAAUCUUCAAGAUGUUGAAGUUGGAUGAUUUGUUGGUAGGAGAUAGACCAUGGGAUGAAGUAAGAAACUGGGGUGAGGAAUUAUCGGUGGGUGCCCAACAGAGAUUGGCCAUGGCCAGAUUAUUCUACCACCAGCCCAAGUUUGCUGUUUUGGAUGAAUGUACUUCGGCAGUGUCUCCAACAAUGGAGCAGUUCAUGUAUCAGCAUGCCCAAGAAAUGGGAAUUUCAUUGUUAUCGGUUGCACACAGACCAGCUUUAUGGCAUUUCCACAACUAUCUCUUGAAGUUUGACGGUAAGGGAGGAUACUUCUUUGGUGAGUUGGAUGCGGAAAAGAGAUUGAAGAUCGAAGAAGAAAGGUUGAAGUUGGAGAAGAGCUUGAGAGACGUGUCCACCUUGAGAGACAGAUUACAGGAAUUGAAGAGAGUCUCCAAUGCUCAACACAUAAAGUAUGAAAAUUCCCACAAAAACUUGGCCCAGUUAGGUAGGGAUGCCGCAGCCCAGGCUGAAGCUUCUGUCUCCGUCCAAUAA